GGGAGUCCGACGUGGAAGUUGCUGGCUGACCUGGCUUGAGAGGAGACCGCCUUGGAGCCGCGGCUGGAGGCUAAAGCUAGCGGAGGUGGCGGCGCCCAGGCUGGGACAGCAGUCGUUGCCGAGUCGAGGCCUGCCUCCGCGGACCGGCGAGGGCCGACUGGCGGGUCAUCAUGGGUGGCUUUUUCUCAAGUAUUUUUUCCAGUCUCUUUGGAACCCGGGAAAUGAGGAUUUUAAUUUUGGGAUUAGAUGGUGCAGGAAAAACCACAAUUCUGUACAGAUUACAAGUUGGAGAAGUUGUUACUACUAUUCCUACUAUUGGAUUUAAUGUAGAGACAGUGACAUACAAAAACCUUAAAUUCCAAGUUUGGGAUUUAGGAGGACAGACAAGUAUCAGGCCAUACUGGAGAUGUUAUUAUUCAAACACCGAUGCAGUCAUUUAUGUAGUAGACAGUUGUGACCGAGACCGAAUUGGCAUUUCUAAAUCAGAGUUAGUUGCCAUGUUGGAGGAAGAAGAGCUGAGAAAAGCCAUUUUAGUGGUGUUUGCAAAUAAACAAGACAUGGAGCAGGCUAUGACUCCCUCAGAGAUGGCAAACUCACUUGGAUUACCUGCCUUGAAGGACCGAAAAUGGCAGAUAUUCAAAACAUCAGCAACCAAAGGCACUGGCCUUGAUGAAGCAAUGGAAUGGUUAGUUGAAACAUUAAAAAGCAGACAGUAAUUCAAUCACUUCAGCUCCUCUGAAAUGAAGUCUGCAUCACAUUCUCUUUGGAAACAGGCAGGUGUGCUUCAUAUCACUAAAUGUUGAAACCACACGAUUGUUGGCAUAUUACUGAACUGACUUCAAAGUUCAUAAUAAAUACAAAAAAUGAAGUAUUUGGUUAGAGGGGUAACUUGGGAAUCAUCUGGGUAUUCUAUGUAAUGUAAAAACAUUCUUUCCUUGCUUUCUUGUGUUAAGGUAUAUAUUCUAUUUGUAUGGAAUUCUUAUUCAAAUACAGUUCUAUUAAAGAAUGUACUCUUCUUGGGGGGAAGCCCGCCUAUUUUUGAAUUAGUGGUUGCAUCUUGUUUGUGUCACUAACACAAUUAUAUUAACUAAGAUUUUUUUCUUCUUUAAAAUGAAUUAAGUCUUUCCAAAGAUUAGACUCCAGAGAGUAGGCUAGAAGCACAGUAUGUAUAAUUUUUAUUUGCUUAGCUGACCACUUUAAUUAUAUUAAACUGUCACUUAAAAGUUUUUGAUUAUAGGCAUGAAUAUUUUGUUGAUUAACUUCAUUGACUAUCUAUAAUUGUAACUUUAUAGUACUUUAUUAAGAGCUUUAUAAUAUUGAUCUAAUCGAUUUAUAAGUAAACCCUGUGAGGUAGAUGGGACAGACUGUAAUGUAAUUUCAUGAAUGUGUACCUACAGUGCUGAUACAUUGGCUUGCCCAAGGCCACAUACUAGUGAGGUAGGUAGGAAUAGGGCUCAAAGUAAAACUUCUGGGUCAGAAGUUUGUUUCAUAAAUUGUGCUAUAUAUUCCUAAAAAUUGAACAUUGACAACACAGAUAACCUAACUCUUAAGAUUAUGAUAAUUAGUUGCAGAACAUUUAAAAUGUCAUAACUUUGUCUAUACUUGUAAAACUGAUCAGAGACAGUAAAAACAAUCCUAAAUGGGCAUAUUUGAUGGAAUUUAUAGCACAAUAAAGAAAAAAAAUUCACAUUAAAGGAAAUUUUUAAAAUUUAUUUUAAAGCAGCAUUAUAAAAGAUGUCUUUAGUAUCUUGCAUUAUCUACCUGUAAAUGGAGUGUAAAUUAGUUAAAAGUAAAAAUCUUAUUUUAUUGGUUAUUUUAUUUUAUUGGUUCUAAAGGAAGAAAUUACACAUUCUUGGUUUUACAAAUUAGGUUUACUGCUGAGCUGUGGGUGUUUUAAAAAGCCUGUUCAAAGCAACUUUUCAAACUACUCAGUCCAUGACAGGAUAAACUAGUGUGAACAGUGGGUAGAUAUAGCUCUUUCAUAGCAAUUAUUAAAAUUGAGAGUUUUUUUCACUCAAGUUAGACAACCAGCACUUUAAAAAUUAGUGCUGGUAUAAAGAGCUUAGGCUGGGUACAGUGGCACAUGCCUGUAAUUCCAGCUACUCAGGAGGUUGAGUUAAGAGGAUGUCAAGUUUGAGGCCAGCCUGGUCAACUUAUCCAGAUCCUGUCUCAAAUAAAAGGGCUGGGGGACAUAGCCCAGGGGUAGAGUACUAUGUAGCAUGCACAAAGCCCUGGGUUUUAUCUCCAGAACUGCCAAAACAAAAACUAUAUGCCAUUGUGCCCCCAAGUCUCAAAAAUACUAGUGGUUCAUUUCAUGGUUCUCAUCCUCUUUCCUCUGGUUUCUUUCCCUCAAAAUUUAUAGGCAUUCUCUCAUCGCAAAUGAAUUCAGCUUUCUUUUUUCACCUGCAGGAUUCUAUUUUUUUACUUCCUCUGGUGUCUUUUGAAUUUUUUUUUGCAGAGUAUUUUCCUCCAGGCACAAGUGUUUCUAAUGUAACUAUUAACUCACUUUGAUGGACAAGACUUAGUCUUUUUCAUAUUUAUAUCCCUCCUAUCCAGUAUGAUACCUGGCACUUUAUGGCCCAUCAGAAUCUAACCAUAGUUGAAAUGGUGGGAUACAAAUCUAGGAGAAUUGCACUUCUGCAGUUCAGACUUGGGUUCUCUUCUGGUCAAUGACACAUGACUAUGAAAUGCUAGUUUCCUUAUAAACCUGAGGUGCUAGGCUUAUACUCAAGGGCCUAAGUACUCUCUGGCAGUUCAGGAACAGUGUGAAAAAUAAUAGGAGAGGGGAAUAAGGGCCUGCCAAAUUGAAUUCUGAGGCAUGAGUACUGUCCCAGUACCUGGAUGAUUCUGAUUCUUCUGGUUUAUAAUAAAGAAUAGGAUGAGAUAAAAGAGGGCACACUAAUAGGGAUUAAGAUCCUUGUCUAACAUGGAAUAAUUGCAUAGAUUAUGCUACUAGGGUUCAAAUAUUAUUUCCAAAAUAAAUCCAAAUACUGUUUUUUGUGAGAUGCCUGGUCAUGGCAAAAGCAUCACACUUGAAAUCAGAACAGAAGCUCUAGGUCCAAAUGGCUACCUUUCAGUUUUCUUUCUGUAAAAUGAGACUUGGACAGAAGAUACCAAAAGUUCCUUCAUCUCUACCAUUAUAUUUUAUAUUUCUGGUUGGUAGUUGUGCUGUGUUGUGAUCUCACUAAAGAAAUGAGAAAUCAAGUAGUGGAAUUACUUCUGUUAUCUUGAAUACCUGACAUGCACUUUAAACUGGAAAUAUAAGUUCUGUGAGAGCAGGGACCAUAUCUAAUUUACUGUUAGUAUUCCUUGCAUCUAGUGUGGUGCACCUGGCAUAUAGUAGCACUCAAUAAAUAUUUAUUUAAAAAAGAUGCGUUCAA